UGUCCGAUGGCGAUGAAAUAGUUCAUUCUUUGUCUAAAAAGCGUUUUUCUAUGUCAUUUCAAAAUGAAACCUCUGGUGAUGAAAUGGAUGAUAUUUCUAGCACUGCUAGUACAAGAGAAGAGGAAUCAUCACGAAGUGCUACACCCACCUUAAAUUCACGCAGAUAUGGACGGUCUUGGAGAAAGAUGCAGAAGAAAUGCAAGUUACAGUACAAGUGUACCAAUUACCUCAAGGAGGACCAUGGACAUCCUAUAUUUGGAGUCGUCAUCAACCUGAACUGUCAGGAAGGGGACCCAUUGUUAUUUGCUACAGCGGGUUAUAACAGAGUGACCAUUUAUGAGUGCCUUGACAAUGGGAAAAUUCGACUAGUACAGGCCUACAGUGAUCCAUCAACCGAAGAAAACUUCUACUGCUGUGUAUGGUCGUAUGAUGAGGAUGGACAGCCGUUGUUAGCAGCAGCAGGCCUUCGCGGGAUUAUCCGGGUCAUCAGCCCAGUAGCCAUGCAGUCAAUCAAGCAUUUCAUAGGUCAUGGUAAUGCAGUGAAUGAACUGAAAUUUCAUCCUAGAGAUCGGAAUCUUCUUAUGUCAGUCAGUAAAGACCACACGCUGCGAAUCUGGAACGUGAAGACGGAUGUGUGUGUUAUGAUACUCGGUGGUGUCGAUGGACACAGGGACGAAGUGCUCAGUGCUGAUUUCAACAUUGAUGGUUCUAGGAUUGUGUCCUGUGGUAUGGAUCAUUCCCUCAAGAUGUGGAAAAUCAACACGGACAUGUUCCGGAAAGCUGUGGUUGAUUCGUACACAUAUAACCCCACAAAAAACAAUGACCCUUUUCCUACAGUAUCAAAUCAUUUCCCUGAUUUUUCUACGAGAGAUAUUCACCGGAAUUAUGUUGACUGUGUGCGAUGGCUUGGAAAAUUUGUCUUGUCCAAGUCGUGUGAAAAUUGCAUUGCGUGUUGGAAGCCGGGUACGAUGGACCAGGAUGAGAAAUCGUCCACGGACAACACAGUGACAAUCCUGCACCGCUUCGACUACCGCGAGUGUGAGAUCUGGUACAUGAGGUUCUGUCUCGACUUCGCUCAAAAGAUAAUGGCUCUGGGUAACCAGGUAGGAAGAAUCUUUGUCUGGGACUUGGAUGUUGAUGACCCCACCCAGUCACGAUUCACAAAACUCUCGCACAACAAAUGUACGACUCCAAUUAGACAGACGGCUCUCUCCAAAGAUGGAAACAUUCUUCUAGCAGUGUGUGACGACUCCACCAUUUGGAGGUGGGACAGAAUCAAGUGACGGAAUCCACAUUUGAUAAAAUGAUCGUUGAAGAAAUUUGCAUUUUUAAAAGUGAAGUGAGAAGAAUGAAAAAACUGUCUGAAAGGAAAGAGAUUUUGUGAAUGUUGUGCCAAGUAAAGUAAUACAUCCUCAGUCUUAGCUGAUGUGAAGAAGAGUCUGUCAUGGAGCAGUUACUUGCUGACAGUGGUCAGAAGUACACAGGGAAUAGAAUCGUAGAUACAUGUAUGAAAAAUACAAACAUGUCAAGACCUUAAACAAUUGCACAAGAAUAGAUCAAAAAUAUAAAAUGUAGAAAUGAAAGAAAUGUCAAGCUAGGUGCAUUCAAAUAGUCCACAUUUUAUUUUAUUACUUUCAUUGUUUAAAUGAAAGGUAAAUUGAUUCAUACUCAUUGAACAUUUUUUAUAGCACAUAAAAUUUGAAAAAUCAUUUCAUACAGUUUCAACUUGUAUAGUUUAAAACUAUGAAUUGAAAUGUCUUCCUGAAUUGGAGGAUACUGUCCCUGAUUUUAAUAUUGGGCUUUUGCCUUAGAGACUUGGCACUAAUUAGCCCUAACCACCAUUAUAAAAUUCUGAUACCUUGCUAAUAAUGAUACUGACCACCACUGUAUAUGUCACAGAAAACAAUAUUUCACACACAAAACAUUGUUCUCUUAAUGUGUCGGGUAUUAAAAGUUAAAUCUACACAAACUGCUAUUUGGUUUUGUGGUGAACCAUUCUGAAUGUCACUUUACCAAUUUUCAUAGAAACUCUUCAUUAAAAUUUGCAAUACAAUAUUUACAGGGUCGGCUGGAAAUACUGUCAUCGAGGGCUCGAAAUAGCAGCCUACAAAAAGCAGUGCAUUUUUUAGACCUAGCAAGUGAAAUACAAAUUCACCUGCUAAAACUACUGCAGUAUCGGAGGCCAUUUUUUCAAGAAACAGAUGUUUGACAUAUUGUUUAGCUUGUGAAUUGGUUUGACAUAUUGUUUAGCUUGUGAAUCGAUUAUUUUAAUUUCAUAAUGCUACAAUGUAACUUACAGGAUGUCAUUUUCCACGCAUAUUUCCUCAUUCCAUGUUGUCUUAUUUCCAGCAGGCCAUAUUUUUUCUUAGCAAGAUAUAUUUGUUUUGGCCUGCUACUUAUAAAAAAUAACCAGGUCAUAUUUUACUUCCUAUUUCAAGCCGUGUCAUUAAAAUUAAGUGCAAUGUUAGUUUGAGGUUAGGUUAUGGAAAUGUACUGUAAUUCAUAUAACUGAAUAAUUGGUUACCUAAGUAAAAAUCAUGUGAACUGUCUUCCGGUUACCUAAGAUUUGAAAUAUUGUCUUCUGUUGUCGGCAUAAUAAAAUCAUAAAGUUAACACUUUGCUCCCCACGACUGAAAAUUAUCUAAACAGAACCCUGAAAUAUACUAAAAAUUUGCUAGGGAUCACUAUUUAGGGCGGUAUUAUAUUUUUAGGCAUGGGUAUCACACAAAAACUAAAAAUGGCAUGUAUUCGAGGACAUGUUUAUUUCCUGAGUUUCAUUGCUGUAUACCAAAUUUGAACAACAGGUAACAUGCGUUCUGUCAUCAAAGAAGCAGACAUUUGACUGUUAGGUUAAUUACAUGUACUAUAUAUAAUUUCUGCAUUUAAAACUGCAUACUCUAGUAGUGUUUUCUGUAUGAGAGUUGCUUCCCUUUUAGAUACCACAAUGUAAAGUGAUAAUUCAAACUCUUAGUGGUGAACUUAUUAUUUUGGGGACAAUGUUAAAAGGGAUGUUGUUUUCUUCCAUGGUAGAAAGUCGCAUAGAUUAAAUACAUGUUCAUCUAUGUAAAAUCAUUAUUUUAUUCUUUCUUUCCAGUCAUUGCAUUAAUUUCACCUUCACCUACAAAUCUGUUAGGGUUUUGGCCUAUUAAUUAAAGUGAAUUAAAAAAAUGUCCAUGUUGUUUUGUUAAAAAUGUGAUGUCUUCGAUGUUUAUUGUCAUUUUGGCAAACAAAACCAUGUUCUCAACAUUAAGUUUAUUAUUAAUGGUGUUUUUUGUUGUAAAGUUACAUAUUUUAAGUCAAUGUGAUCAUAUAUAUAUGGUCAUAGUACAGGGCAUACACUCUUAAGAUGAACAUACACAUUAAUUUGUUAUUAUUAUGUUUACAGCUUUUGUUAUGAAAAUAGUUCUAAUGCAAACUGAUUAUUUCCACCAGUUGUCAUUCCUAUUGAUGUAAAUGAACUUGACCAGAUUUUCAUCUAUUUUUGAUAAUUUUAUGUUCACUGAAUAAACCUCAGGUAUCCAUGACUAAUUUGUUGAUGUUUAAUAUACUGAGCCUCAAAUAUUAUGCAAGUUAUUAUCAACAUAUGUUUUUUUAAUUGCAACUGCAAUUAUAUAGAUGUCCGUUUUUGUUCAGCUGAUGGUUCUGACAUUUUUGGUACAGGCAUGUAUGUGUGCUAUAAUUAUUAUUGAUAUUUACGAGAAAACUAAAUUGUUGCAUAAUUUUUUGUGGGGAGUGUACCUUCACUUCACGUCGGUGUGCCUGCAUUCCAUCUAUCCAUUAUAUGACUCCAUUCAGAUUAAUGUUUCCUAUCUGAUGUAUUUUCCUGUCUUCUCUAUUGCUAAUCAAUUGUAUUGUGCUUGGUUAUAACAAAUGUUUCCUAAGGUCAGACUAGGCCUGUAUAUCAGAAUUAGUUUCUGAUAAAGGCAUUAAUUCUAGCUAGGCCUUAAAAAAGUGUGUUUCCAGGAAGAUGCUAAAAACAAUUUUGUACCGUAGAUCAGCUUUUAAACAUUAUUAUAAUUAUGUCUUUUCUAUAAAAUAAUUUUAAAAAACAUAAAAUAUAAUAAUAAUACAUCCAAAAUAAAUUAUGGUUGUCCCCUUUUUCUGGCUAGGAUCGAGUUGAAAAAAAACAAAAAACCUUUUUUUAGGCCUUAUUAAGCAGUGUAAACUUACUUGUAUUUAGUAGUACACUAAAAAACCAAUUCAGGAUACAAUAUUGAUAAAAAAUUAAAAGUGCAAUUUUCUGCAAAAAUUAUGGUUGUUAAUAAAAAUAAAACAUCUCGCAGAAUGCCACGUGACAGCCUAAUUUUUGGCAGGUAGAUUAAAUGUAAGGUACCAUGUUUUACUGGUGUACUGCCUGGGUGUGUUCAAAACACUGCCUAUAUGAGUUUUAUCAGAAUAUGUUAAAACAUUAUUAACAGUGGAAAUUUGAUUGGGUCCUGACAGCUUGCUAAAUUAUCUGUUCAUGACAAAUAAUGAAAUUGAAUGGACUUCUCACCAUCCUGGUACUAUGGAAACAGAAAAGAUGUGUACCUCAAAAACUAGAGUUAACCACUUCCCAUCCUCCUACAAGAAUGUUUUUGUUUUGGUAAAUAAUUUCAGUUUGGUUUGAUGUAAGAAGAAAAGUAAAAGUGUUUUGGAAAACAGUGGGCUCAGAAGUAAAUAACAUGUAGUAAAUUCCAUAGUAUGAAAAAAGGCGUUACCUGUGGAGCUAAGGUUUAAAUAAUAUGCUAUGGUUCAAGAGAAUCCCUUCCUUGCCUUCACUCAUUUCUUUUGUUACCUUUUACCUUUUUACUUUUAGCGUUUUAACAUGCUACACAGUGGGACACACACACACACACACACACAUAUAUAUAUAUAUAUAUAUAUAUAAACCAUCGCUGCUACUGGAUAAAAGUGCCCUCUCCGCUUCCUAUGCCAGUGCUACAUUAAGCAUGAAAAUGUUUUGGAUUGUAUGUUAUACAAUAAGAUGUAUAUGUAUCUUAAAAGUUGCUUACUUUGUACAAUCAUGUCUUCAAUCUCGUUAUCACCUGGCAAAACAUCUCAAAUCUUUUACUCAACAAAUGGAUGACUUGGUAGUGUGGAGUUCUGUCAAAGUCGUAUUGAUUUGAUAGUUUGUAUCAUUACAAACCUUGUUAUGGUGACACCAUUUACUGUCAUAAAAAUGUGAAAUGUAAGGAGAAAGCAUUUGGAGAAUUUUAUAUUCCAUUGUGACAGAUUGUUUAUAUUUGUGUUAUAUUUGUUUAGUGUUUAUACAUGGCAUUUGUAUGUUAAUACUUCAAGAAUUGUUUUAGACAAAUUUUCAGAUUUCUUUUAGAUAACCUAACAAGAAUGAUUUUGUUAUAUAAGUUAAUGCAAAUAAGGGGUUGGGUGUUCACUCUUUAACAUUUUUACAAAUACACAAAACAUAACCGUAAAAUGAAGCAAAUUUAAAAAAAAAAAAAUGUUCCUUACAAUAUCAAUUUUUUUUAUAUACAUUCUUUUAGGAAGGGUAGCAAAAACGAUAUGGUAUGUACAUUAAUGAAAAUUCUGGAGGAUUGUGAAUGACCCCUACACAUUCUAAAAAUAAUGAAAAUUGGAAUGUGAACACGAUUUUUAAUGCCUUCUUAGUUCUUUGAGUGAACAAUUUUAAUGUAUUAUGCUACCAAGUUGUGGAUUAAUCAACUGAAUUUCAUACGGCUUACAUUUUGUACAUACAUUUAUCAUUCAUUGAUAUGUAUUUUACAUGAAUUGUCAAUAAAUUUGUUUUUAAUGGUUA